AUGUGUGGCAGAUACGCCCUCGGUAUUCGAGCUGCCUUCGUGCGACAUGAGAUCCAACAACAAGGAUUGCAGGUUGACGACGCGCCGAACGACGAUGAUGUACGAGAAACUUACAACUUCGCGCCUGGCUCUUAUGGGCUGGUGUAUCGUGCCGAGGUCCCAGACCAAGGUGUCAGAGCCGAAGAUGAGCAGGUGCAUCAUGAAGUGUCCGAUGUGGAGCAGCCAGCAGAAGCAGAGGGGCCCCAGGCGCAGCCGCCGAGAAGCUCACAAGCCAGCCGCAAGGAAUACAAGUAUGAGCUCAAAGCUAUGAAAUGGGGUCUGAUUCCAUUCUGGACAAAGAGAUCGCCAGAUUAUGGCUCUAUGUUAAGGACAAUAAACUGUCGAGAUGACUCGCUGGUCGAAAACCGAGGGAUGUGGAACACCAUGAAGCAGCGAAAGCGAUGCAUCGUCAUCUGUCAAGGCUUCUACGAAUGGCUCAAGAAAGGGCCAGGCGGUAGGGAGAAGAUACCACAUUUCGUCAAGCGGAAGGAUGGGCACCUGAUGUGCUUCGCUGGAUUGUGGGAUUGUGCAAAAUAUGAGGAUGCUGAAGAGAAGCUUUAUACCUACACAAUUAUCACGACAGAUUCAAACAAGCAGCUCAAAUUCCUGCAUGAUCGGAUGCCGGUCAUUCUGGACGCGGGGAGCGACGAAAUGAAGAUGUGGCUAGAUCCAGAGCGGAACAAGUGGUCAAAAGAAUUACAGUCUCUCUUACAGCCGUACAACGGAGAGCUAGAAUGCUACCCUGUCAACAAGGAUGUUGGAAAGGUCGGUAACAACUCAGCAGACUUCAUCGUGCCUAUCGACAGCAAAGAGAACAAGAAGAAUAUCGCCAAUUUCUUCGCUAGCUCCACCAAGAGUACCGAUAAACAAAAGGCUGGUGCUACGAAAGAGAACACCAAAGUAACGACUAGUCCAAAGAUCGAGAACGGGGAGGAUGAGAAUCGUGAGACCAAGGAUCACGAGGGCAGCGAAAAUAAUGCCCCUAUCCCGGUUCCCGCGCAAGAGGAUGAAGACGCCAAAGGCAUGAAACGGCAACACAGCCCAGACAAGGAGACUUCUCGUGUCAAGGCAGCCAAGAUUGACCAAUCUCCUAGAAAGGGCAAGCAGCCAGGUUUGACACCUUCAAGUAGAAAGACCAGGAGCGCAACGAGCAACGGGACCUUGCCAAAAAGUGCAAGUCCUAAAAAGUCUGCGGAUGGUAGUCAGAGAAUCACCAAUUUUUUCGUGAAGUGA